ACAAUUUUCCACCAAUUUUGAGCGAAUUUCCCCGUCGGAUGAAGUUUUCUAGACUUAGGAGGCGACACUCCGUCAAUUGAUGGUGAAACAUGAAAAUUGGAAAAUAUAAAAUCAGUUGACAUUCAUUGACGACGGAAAAUUUUGAGCACAGGACUCGAGUGAGAUGGAAAAUACAAAAUCAGUAUAAGUGCGAACGAGACACAAAAUCUUGUUUACAUUUUUGAGUUUUCAUGAAAAAAUUAAGAAUUCAAGAAAAUCUUUGAGAAAAAUUAGUUUUCGUGAUUUUUUGGGAUGGCACAGAAGGUCUUGUCAUUCCUGAGGAGGAUUUCCGAGUCUGACAGUGGAAAUCGUGACGCAGGAACGCCCUCAACGUCCAGGGAUUCUGUUCCCGUGGCCCAGGAGGCACUUCUCUGUGAUCUUGGCUAUCAGAAUAAUGAUGAUCUGCGCGAUACGAUCUACGAUUUCUUGCGAACAAUCCGAGAUCCGGAGAAACCACAAACACUGGAGGACUUGAAUGUGGUGUACGAGGAUGGGAUCUUCGUGCAGGAGCCCACAGCGAACAAUGUUCAAGUGGUGCGGGUGGAAUUUAACCCAACAGUACCCCACUGUUCCCUGGCAACGCUCAUUGGGCUGUGUAUCCGGGUGAAAAUUGAACGGAACAUCCCGCACAGACUCAAAUUGGAUAUUUUCAUCAGGAAGGGGGCACACACAACAGAGGAGGAGAUCAACAAACAAAUCAACGAUAAAGAACGAAUAGCAGCAGCCAUGGAGAAUCCCAAUUUACGUGAGCUCGUUGAGAAGUGCAUAAGUGAGGAGCAGUAAUCGCAAUCCUUCUUCCUGGUCUUGGUAAUCCUGGUGGUGCAUAAAUUUCCCUGUAGAUUGUAUAUUUUUGAUAAAAUUCUCUCUAGAUUUGAA